UGUAUUUUGACACAUAUGUGCUAAACACAUUCUCUGAAAGCAGCUGACCGCCCGGCGUCGCGACGCGUAGACCUGCAACGAUGACGGCGGCACCGGUCUGGACGCUGCUUGUGGUGUGCGCUGCUGUGACAGCGUCUGUUCCCGUGCAACGCAACGAUCCUGAAACCCAGGAACACUGCGGCUACGAGUCCUGUCUCCCCGUUAAGGAUGGCAUGAUCAACGUGCAUCUGGUGCCACACACUCACGAUGACGUUGGCUGGCUGAAGACUGUCGACCAAUAUUUCUUCGGUAGCCAGAACAAUAUUCAGAAAGCUGGAGUUCAAUACAUCUUGGAUACGGUUGUGGAGGAGCUUCAACAUGAUCCAAAGAAACGGUUCAUCUACGUGGAGACGGCUUUCUUUUGGAAAUGGUGGAAUCGCCAGGACGACUCCCACCGUCACCAAGUGCGAAAGCUGGUGCAACAGGGCCGCCUGGAGUUCAUCGGCGGCGGAUGGAGUAUGAACGACGAGGCCGUCACCCACUACCAGUCCACCAUCGACCAGAUGACCUGGGGCCUGCGGCGCCUCAACGACACCUUCGGCAAAUGCGGGCGGCCGCGCGUGGGCUGGCAGAUCGACCCCUUCGGCCACUCGCGGGAGAUGGCAUCCAUCUUUGCUCAGAUGGGCUACGACGGGCUGUUCUUCGGACGCCUCGACUAUCAGGACAAGAUGAACCGCCUGUCCUCCAAGACGGCAGAGAUGGUGUGGCAGGCUAGCGACAACCUGGGAAAAGAUGCAGAACUAUUUACUCAUGCCUUAUAUAAUCACUAUAGCCCUCCACCUGGUUUCUGUUUUGAUGUUCUGUGUGAUGAUGAGCCCAUCAUUGAUGACAAGCACAGUCCAGACUACAAUGUAGAUAAGAGGGUGGAGCGUUUCUUGGCGUUUGUUCAGAAUCAAACAAAACGCUAUGUCACCAAGAAUAUUAUCCUCACAAUGGGGGGUGAUUUCACCUAUCAGGAUGCCAAAAUGUGGUACUCCAAUCUGGAUAAAAUGAUCAGAUAUGUAAAUCUUCGCCAAGCAAAUGGCAGCAAUAUAAAUCUUCUGUACUCCACUCCUAGCUGCUACUUGAAGGCAGUCAAUGAUGCAAAACUUUCUUGGACAACAAAACAGGACGACUUCUUCCCAUAUGCGAGUGAUUCUCAUGCUUACUGGACUGGGUACUACACGUCUCGCCCCACAAUCAAGUACUUUGAACGUCUAGGAAAUAAUUACUUGCAGGUAUGUAAGCAGCUAUAUGCAUUGACUGAUCUUGGACCAGAAGAUCAGGUAGAUCUCAAUGCUCUGAGAGAAGCGAUGGGUGUCAUGCAGCACCAUGAUGCUAUUACUGGGACAGAGAAGCAGAAAGUAGCCUUUGAUUAUGCUCGAAUCCUCUCUCGAGGAAUUGCUGAAUGUAAUAUUAUCACAAAUACUGCAUUUAAUAAAUUAGUACCUCUCCGAAAGGAAUACCCUACACCUGUUUGGGAGAACUGUUUAAAACUCAACGUAAGUCAAUGUGCUCCUUCUGAGGAAUCGAAGAACUUUGUUGUUACCGUGUACAACCCAUUGGCUCAAGUAAUUUCACCUUACAUACGUUUCCCAGUAACAGGAUCUUCUUACAAAGUUCAAGAUGCUAAAGGAAAUUCACUACCAACUCAACUGGUACCCAUUCCUGAACCAGUGCAGAAUAUACCAGGCCGCAUGAGUGAAGCAACUCAGGAACUUGUAUUUAGAGCUGUCAAUUUGAAACCUCUUGGCUUCCAAUCUUAUUUUGUUUCUGAAGUGAAAUCAGAAGAAAGCAACACAUAUAUUAGUGAUGAAAGUAAUGCUUCUGGCAAUUUUGGUCACAAGACUUAUUACUAUACUACCAAUCGACGAGGUGUCCUCAAGACACUGACUACCCAUGGAGUCAAGUUUCAAGUGGCCCAAGCAUAUGGUUACUAUGAAGGAGCAGUAGGUGACAAUGAAGAAGCUAUUAACCGUUCGUCAGGCGCUUACAUUUUUCGACCAAAAUCUUCCACUCCAAAAAUUAUGCCCAACAGAUCUCAGUUCAAGACAUUCAAAGGACCUCUGGUAUCAGAACGGCAUGAAGUAAUUAAUGACUGGCUGAGUCAGAUAGUGCGAAUUUAUACUGAUGAGCAGCAUACUGAAGUGGAGUGGUUGGUUGGCCCUCUACCAAUUAAAGAUGGUGUUGGCAAAGAAGUGAUUGUGAAGUAUAUGUCAGAGUUGUCAUCAAAAGGAAAAUUUUAUACUGAUUCUAAUGGGCGUGAACUGCUUGAAAGAACCCGAAAUGCUCGUCCAACAUGGCAUUUGAAGCUAGAAGAACCUGUAGCUGGCAAUUAUUAUCCCAUCACUAGUCGUAUUUUGCUACGUGAUACUGAUAAGAAGCUUGAAUUGGCUGUUCUGACUGACAGAGCUCAAGGUGGCUCAUCUCUUAAGGAUGGUGAAAUGGAGUUGAUGCUACAUCGUCGAUUACUCCAUGAUGAUGCAUUUGGUGUUGGUGAGGCACUGAAUGAAACAGCCUUUGGAAAAGGACUGGUAGCACGUGGAAAACACUACUUGGUGGGUGGACCUUCAGGAAAUGUACUCACAGUGUAUGAGAGACAAUUAGCCCAAGAGAAGCUCCUGACCCCAUGGCUUUUCUUCUCCAGAGCUGAUAAAUAUUCCUUUGAAUCUUGGUCUAAAACAUAUCGAAUGGAGUUUGAUGGAGUGAAGAUGCCUCUGCCUGCUAAUGUGCACCUUCUGACAUUGGAGCCCUGGAAAGGACGUUCUCUUUUGGUGCGUCUUGAGCACAUUUUAGAAAAGGGUGAAGAUCCAAAAUUGUCAAAAUCUGUUACUGUCAGUUUGAAAAAUCUCUUUUCACCAUUUGAAAUUGUAUCUGCUCGUGAAACUAUGUUGGGUGCCAAUGAAUGGAAAAAAGAUUCUUCUCGGCUGCAGUGGAAAACUGAAUCUAACUCCAUUGAUCGACAUGAGGAUACCCAUCAAGGUUCUCUAAAUCAUGCUGAAGAUAUUCUCAGUGUCACACUGGAACCCAUGCAAAUUCGUACUUUUGUUGUGGAAGUGAAAUAUGCUGAUUCUGAAAGCUGUAAGAUGAAGAAAUACCUGUCGGAACUGAUAGAAUCUCUAUUGAUAUCAGAACCAUCAUCUCAAUCAAAUGAUAAUGAUCCAUCAUCUAUGGUACAGGCUAAACAAGAUGUAGAAGAUUGA